AUGAACCGCGAAAACGCAUUCAGCAGGGGGAAACAGAACAACCCAAUCCAAAAUGCCUCCUUCUUCUCGAAACGUAGCUUCUGGUGGCUGCGGGAUAUGUUUCGCCAUGGACAGCGUAAAGAAAUUACGGAAGAAACACUGUACGCCACCUUGCCCGAGCAUAGCAGUCACGGGUUGGCGGAAACAUUCGAACGGCUGUGGUCGGAGGAGGAACAGCGCGGACCGGAUAAGGCUAGCUUUGCCCGUGUUUACUGGAGAGCGUACGGCCCGGAAACCCUUUUCUGGGGUCUACUGUUUUCGGCCUUCGAAACAGCGAACCGUGUCGCACAGCCACUGUUGCUGGGAGAGUUGGUAUCCUACUUCACCCCAAACCAGGACACCAUCAGCGAACGGGACGCAUACCUGUACGCGAUAGGUGUUAUCGCUUGCUCGCUGUUAUCGGUCAUCUCAUUCCAUCCAUUCAUCUUCUACAUCUUCCAACUCGGAAUGAAGUUUCGCAUUGGUGCUUCGUGCUUAAUUUAUAACAAGGUACUUAAACUCUCUAAAUCGACCACUGCUGGUGAUGGACUGAACGGGAAGAUCAUCAAUCUGCUCUCGAACGACGUCGGAAAGUUCGACAUUGCUCUGUGCUUCGUGCAUGAUCUUUGGAAGGGUCCGAUGGAAGCCAUCCUGCUCGGUUACUUCAUUUACUGCCAGAUCGGCUUCUCUGGCCUACUCGGAAUGGCAUUCCUGAUGAGCUUCAUCCCACUGCAAGCUUGGGUGGGCAAGAAAACGGCAACCUACCGAAUGAAGGCGGCUAAGCGGACGGAUUUGCGAGUGCGCUUCAUGAACGAAAUCAUACAAGGCAUACAGGUGAUCAAGAUGUACACGUGGGAGAGCUCCUUCGCCAAGAUGAUUGAGACGAUCCGGCGGAAAGAGAUACAGGCGAUCCGGGGAGGUGCGUACAUACGGGCAACGCUCAUAUCGUUUUUUACCGUAUCGCGUGUGUCCAUUUUUAUCAGUCUGCUGUCAUACACCGUCACCGAGAACGUUAUCACUGCUAAAAAGGUGUUCAUUGUAACGUCGUUCUACAGCAUACUGAACGAUUCGAUGGUACACUUCUGGCCCAUGGCUAUCACCUUUUGUGCCGAGGGGUACAUCUCACUCAAACGUAUACGCGAUUUUCUGCUCACUCCGGAGGGAAAGUCUUCGUUCGCUACACGCACCAAAUCGGACGGAAAAGAAGGAAGGAGCAUCACGAAAAAAACUCUGCUUUCGACCAGCGAUAAGGAUGAUACAAGCGACAGGGAUUCCGAAGCCAAAGCAAUCACAGAAAAAGCCCAGCAACAGAACGGCAUCAAAGCUGGGGUAAAAAGUGAUGAGAUUGAUUCGGAACCCUUACUACCGAAAAGGCUGGUGCAGACAGUAGAAGGCGAUAGGAAAGGUAUCGUACUCGAUAGCGCCACGGCACGUUGGAUGUGUCCUUCGGCAGCAGCAGCAGCAGGAAUCGGAAAAGAUGGAGGAGAUGGACCAGAAGAGGCGACAAGUGUUGGCAUAGAAUCCGUCAGUUUGACAGUCGAUCCAGGCCGAUUGUGUGUUCUUGUGGGACCGGUCGGAUCGGGAAAGUCUACUCUACUUCAGGUGCUUUUAGGAGAGCUUGAGCUGGAUGAUGGAAGGGUAGAAAUUUAUGGAUCCGUCAGCUAUGCCUCCCAGGAACCAUGGUUGUUUGAAGGCAGUGUGCGAAACAACAUCCUCUUCACGGAAGCGUACGAUGAGCGACGGUAUCUCCGGGUGGUACGCGUGUGCGCCCUAGAGAAAGACUUUGAACUUUUCCCGCACGGCGAUCAAACGAUCGUUGGAGAGCGCGGCAUAAGCUUAAGCGGAGGUCAAAAAGCACGCGUUAAUCUAGCCCGUGCUAUCUACCGAAAGGCGGACAUCUAUCUGCUGGACGAUCCACUAUCGGCCGUCGAUACGCACGUCGGCAAACAUAUCUACGAACUGUGCAUUCGGGAUUUCCUCGCCAACAGUGUAUGCGUGCUGGUAACACAUCAGCUUCAGUACUUAAAAGACGUCCAGCAGAUAGUGCUGAUGAAUGGGGGCCGCGUGGAGGCAUGCGGAAGCUUUCGAGAGUUGAAAAAAUCAAACAUCGAAUCGAUCAUGGCACUGACACCCGACGAAUCUCCGCUAGAAAGUCCAAUCGAAAAGGAGCUGAAAAAUUUGCGUCCCCGACGCACUAGCGGUUCGUCGACCGGUUCGCAGCGUGACGAGCUAAUGAUGGAUCUGCUGCAGCAAGAGAAGCAGGAGGAAGAAAAAGAAUCUCAAGGUGGUACCGGCAGUGUCGGCCUGUCCGUGUACAAAACCUACAUCACAGCGGUCAACAGUUGUGGGUGGGUGUUUUGGUUGAGUGUGCUCAUGGUGCUGUCGCAAAUUGUUGUCAGCGGGGUGGAUAUUUUUGUGGCAGAAUGGGUGAAUUGGGAGGAAAAAGUGGCCGGUAUUCCGCCCGAGUUUGAUCUGAAUGAUAAUCACACAAUUUUAAGUUCGCGCGAUGUGCGUAUCUUGCUCAAGGAGCAAACGGACGUGAGCAAUUUCAUCGAGCGACAGCAAUACAUCUGGAUUUACAGUGGUUUAAUCAUACUGCUCGUCAUUUUGGUGGUGCAACGAUCGUUUUCGUUCUUUUACGUGUGUCUUCGAAUUUCCGUUAAUCUACACGAUCGGCUCUUCCGGGGAUUAACACGCGCAACCAUGCACUUCUUCAAUACGAAUCCUUCCGGCAGAAUUCUCAACCGAUUCUCGAAAGAUAUUGGAGCGAUCGAUUCGGCGCUACCCAUGGCACUGUUGGACUGUGUUGUGUUCUUCCUGGAAAUGAUUGCGGUUGUAGCGGUGGUAUCGAUCGUCAACUAUUGGUUCCUUCUGCCUACUGCGAUCGUCGCUGUGGUGAUGUAUUACAUUCGGCAAACGUACCUAAACACAUCACGCGUGGUAAAGCGCAUCGAAUCUAUCAACCGAUCGCCCCUCUUCUCACACACAAAUGCAACCCUGCAAGGGCUUUCCACCAUUCGUGCGUUUGGCGCCCAGUCAGUACUGAGGCAUGAGUUUAACGAAUUUCUCGAUGUAAACUCAUCCGCCUGGUACAUGUUUAUUUCGACCAGCCGUGCAUUCGCACUGUGGCUCGAUAUGGUGUGCGUACUGUACAUCGGUAUUGUAACGAUAAGCUUUCUCGUCGGCAAUAGCCAGCAAAUGCUCGGUGGCAGCGUUGGGUUGGCCAUCACGAAGACGAUUAGCCUGGUCGGUAUGUGCCAGUGGGGGAUGCGGCAAUCGGCAGAACUGGAGAACCAGAUGGUUUCGGUGGAACGCAUAAACGAGUACACCAACCUACCUUCCGAGCCUCCGCUCGAAACGGCACCCAAGCAUCGACCGCAGCGCAACUGGCCCGAGUUCGGUACGAUACGCUUUACCAACGUCGAUCUACGCUACACGGAAGAUGGCGAACGGGUACUGAAGGACCUUAACUUUACCAUCCGUUCGAACGAGAAGGUCGGAAUCGUGGGACGAACCGGUGCCGGUAAAUCGUCCCUCAUACAGGCACUGUUCCGGUUAGCUCCGUUCGAGGGAAACAUCGAGAUCGACGACAUCGACACGAAAACAUUGGGACUGCGCGAUUUACGUAACAAAAUAUCGAUCAUACCGCAGGAUCCGAUUCUGUUUUCGGGCACGCUGCGUAGCAAUUUGGAUCCGUUCGAUCAGCGCAAAGACGAUGAGCUGUGGAAUGCGCUCGAUGAGGUUGAGCUGAAGGAAGCGGUAUCAUCGCUGGCUGGUGGUUUGGAGUGCCGCAUGUCGGAUGGCGGGAGCAACUUUAGCAUGGGCCAAAGGCAGCUGGUGUGCCUUGCUAGAGCCAUUUUGCGGAACAAUAAAAUUCUCGUCCUAGACGAAGCCACUGCCAACGUUGACCCAGAAACCGACAAACUUAUUCAAACUACUAUUCGUACCAAAUUUGCACACUGCACAGUAUUAACUAUUGCGCAUCGAUUACACACGGUGAUGGACAGUGAUCGGGUGUUGGUGAUGGAUGCUGGGCGCGUAGUCGAGUUCGGCCAUCCGCACGAGCUUUUGCAUGGCCCGAUUGGAUACCUGCGACGGUUGGUAGAUCAAACCGGUGUGGCUACGGCGGCAAUGUUGAUGCGUACUGCUGAGGAUAACUUUAAAAAAUCGAGUGCACGACAAACGGAAGCAAUUACGCUUGGACUGUCGUAAGAGGCGAUGUUCCGUUGAUUUUGGAGAU